GCGCUCGCUGUAGCGUCGUCAUUCGAAAAUACUUAGCCCUUCAUUCCAAUUCCAAGGACAUCUUUUGAUGGCAUAAUACAAAGUGAUUGUGCACUCAAGACACACCGAUAAGGGUGUACUAUCGGAACUGGAUUGAAUGCUUGGAGCAGACAGUUUCGGAUUUCGCAGGCCCCUCCCCGAGAUGUUGAAGAGAUCCGUGAAGACGCUAUAUCUAAUAGAAUGUCGAUAUGGUUCAACCAUGGCGCACACAUAUAGUCGGAGAGUCCGAGAGGGCACCCUACAGAACGACGAACAUCAACUGUACAUAGUCAAACAAUUUGAUGAUCUUCUUGAUUCUCUCUCAACAUACCAACUUCCUCCGAGGCGUAGAGUCAGUUCUUUUGGUCUUCUCAAUAUAUGGUCUCAGUUCAAGAAGCCAAAUCAUGCCAUUCAUGCUCCUCGUGGUAUUUAUCUUUGGGGAACGGUUGGGUGUGGCAAAACGACAUUGAUGGACAUGUUUUUUGAAUGCUGUCCAUUCGAAGAAAAGCAAAGAGUGCAUUUCCACUCGUUCAUGCAGGAAAUGCACAAGAGAAUGCAUGCGUUGAAGCUUGCAAGUACGAGUGAACGAGGUUCAUUCGAUCCAGUACCGCUCAUUGUUGAUGAAGUCAUGGGAAGAUGUAAGCUUCUGUGCUUCGAUGAAUUUCAGGUGACCGAUAUCGCCGAUGCUAUGAUUUUGAAAAGGUUUUUCUCUCUGCUGUUCGACGAAGGUUUGGUCAUGGUGGCCACUUCCAAUCGUCCACCAGCUGACCUAUAUAGAAACGGAUUGCAAAGACAUCAGUUUUUGCCUUUCAUUGAUAUUUUGCAGGAAAGAUGUAAGACAGUCUCGCUAGAUUCCGGCAUCGAUUAUCGUCGAAUUGGAGCUGGUGAUUCUGAUUCCUAUUUCGUUCAGUCAACAGAAUGUGAUAUCAACUCUCAAUGCGAUCGUGUUUUCAAGCAAAUGAUUGCUCAGGAAACCGACACUGUACGCAAGAAAGUGCUCAAUAUACUUGGACGUAACGUAGUGGUGGACAAAUGCUGCGGUGGCGUAGCAGACCUCGAAUUUGCAGAUUGGUGCGAAAAACCAUGCGGUGCAGCUGAUUAUCUUGUUCUAGCAAGGGUAUUUCAUACCAUUAUCAUUCGUAAUGUCCCUGUAUUGACGAGCUCUAAGCUAUGCGAAGCUAGGCGGUUCAUUACAAUGAUUGACACCUUUUACGAUCAAAAGGUGAGAGUUGUUAUUGGUGCUGAGGCUCCCUUGGAUAAAUUGUUCCGAUUGGCAGAAGAUUUGAAUACUAACUCCUCAGAUGGCCAUGCGACUGAGGAUUGGGAAAAAAUGAAAGAGCAUCAAGAAAGCUCUUAUGUCAAUGUCUUCUCCGGAAAGGACGAGAUUUUCGCUUACGAACGAACAGUAUCGCGAUUGUACGAAAUGCAAAAUUCGCAGUAUUGGUGUGCUAGGAGGCCUACUUCACACUAGAUGGCAGCCAUGUAGAUUGAAGUCAUGUUGUACAUGGCGUAUAGUAUAUUCAGAUAGAGUAUCUAUAGUAUAUAGCUCUUUGAGUUAGGUAAAAAUUUGCUAUGACUAUUCUUGAGCUCACUAGCUCACGUUUCGGCCUUCGCAGUUUCGUCAGGGUGGAAAGUGCUAUCCAAAACUCUGUAUCCCUGAUAUCCCUGAAGUGAUUUGUUAGCCGUACCGGAAAUUUUCAUUGCUUGACUUCUAAAGUAGUAUUAGCCUGAAAGCAUGACCUUUCUCUUAUUUGGAGAAUUUGUUGCACUUACAAUGAAAUGUUUUAGGUAUACCUUUAUGAUUAUCGAGGAAUGAUUGUAGAGAUCUACGUGAGAUUUAUGGCUCCGUGAAAACGUGG